ACCUUAAGGAGGCGAUGCGUGCUCCACCGUGUUAAGGAGAGCAUGUGCGCGCACACACCCCGUCGCCACCGUCUCCGCACCCCAAAGAGGGAAGGCCGGUAGCAGGGAAGUCCGGCUCUCGCCAUGUCCCUGAACCAGCCCAGCAGCAGCGACGCCUGCCUGAGCAUUGUCCACAGCCUGAUGUGCCACCGGCAGGGCGGCGAGAAUGAGUCGUUCGCCAAACGGGCCAUCGAGAGCUUGGUGAAGAAGCUGAAGGAGAAGAAGGACGAGUUGGACUCGCUCAUCACGGCCAUCACCACCAACGGCGCCCAUCCCAGCAAAUGCGUCACUAUUCAGCGGACCCUCGAUGGCCGCCUGCAGGUGGCCGGGCGCAAAGGUUUCCCGCACGUCAUCUACGCCCGCCUCUGGCGCUGGCCCGACCUGCACAAGAAUGAACUCAAGCACGUCAAGUUCUGUCAGUUUGCCUUCGACCUCAAAUACGACAGCGUCUGCGUCAACCCCUACCACUACGAGCGGGUAGUGUCGCCGGGCAUCGGCCUGAAUAUUCAGAAUACAGCGCCUCCCACCCGGCUCGUGAAAGAGGAAUUCGUUCCGGACUGCAUCCAGAUGGAGCUCCCGGCUCCUCCGCCAGCUGACCGCCCGGGGCCGGUGAUCAAGGCCAACCAUCCCCCGGCAGAGCCGUAUCAACCGAUCUCGCCCCUGCAGCUACCGGAGCCGUCGCACCCGUCAGCCGGCAUCUAUCCUGCACUGCCCUUAUCUCCCCCAGGCCCUCCUGGGGGGGCCCUACUCCCCCUCCUGCACGGCGAGGGUCUCCUUCAGAUCUCCAGUCCCUCUCACCCCCCGACCCCUUCCCCGGCUCCCCCGGGGCCCCAGCAAAAUGGCUGCACCCCCAAACUUCCCUAUCCAAAUCCGGCAAGCAGCUGGCCGGGGAGCAACAAUGCCACGAGCUACGGCCCUGGUGGAAGGGGGCAGCAGCAACCCACCCCUCCCCCCCUCCCCACCCCCCAGCAGCAACAGAACGGGCGGAGUCACCCGCAGCCUCCUCUCCAUCACCCAAACCAUUAUUGGCCUGCUCACCACAGCUCGCCUCCCUACCAGCAGCCGGUCUCCAGCCACCCCGGCCCAGAGUUCUGGUGCUCGAUCGCCUACUUCGAGAUGGACGUGCAGGUGGGCGAGAUCUUCAAGGUCCCCGCCAGCUGCUCCGUGGUCACCGUGGACGGCUACGUGGAUCCUUCCGGAGGUGACCGCUUCUGCCUGGGGCAGCUGUCCAACGUGCACCGUACCGAUGCCAGCGAGCGGGCCAGGUUGCACAUCGGGAAAGGGGUGGAGCUGCAGUGCCGAGGCGAAGGGGAUGUGUGGAUGCGAUGCCUGAGCGACCAUGCUGUCUUCGUGCAGAGCUACUACCUGGACCGGGAGGCCGGACGCGCUCCAGGGGAUGCUGUGCAUAAGAUCUACCCUGGCGCUUAUAUCAAGGUUUUUGACCUGCGCCAAUGCCACCGUCAGAUGCACCAGCAAGCGGCCACGGCACAGGCAGCAGCUGCGGCGCAGGCAGCAGCAGUGUCGGGGAACAUCCCCGGGCCUGGCUCGGUGGGAGGCAUUGCUCCAGCUGUUGGCCUCUCGGCGGCAGCCGGCAUUGGCGUCGAUGACCUCCGGCGGCUCUGCAUCCUCCGGCUCAGCUUUGUCAAGGGCUGGGGGCCGGACUACCCCCGCCAGAGCAUCAAGCACACCCCCUGCUGGAUCGAAGUGCACUUGCACCGGGCCCUCCAGCUGCUGGACGAGGUCCUCCACACCAUGCCCCUGGCCGACCCGGGCCCCGUCAACUAGGCCUUCCUCGACGGGGAUGCGCGGGAGACGUCGGUUCCCAUCAUCCAGCAGGCUUUGUGGCUGUGGCAUCGCGGCGGGGGGCCAUGCUGCGAUGCGGACGUUGAUCCCCCCCCCCCAGCCAAUAAACGGGCUGGGGAGGGUAAGGAUGGAUUCCUGGAGUCGCCGAAGGGACCAAGACUGGAAUUGGCCAUUGGCUCCAGCCCUUUGAGGUCGUCCCGGGACCCACUCUAUCCCAGCACCAGCGGCGGAAUGAACGGUUUUAGAAGAGGGCCGGGUUUUUUUAACUACCUUUCCGUGUUGCUCCUGCAAUCCACGUGCAGGUGUGCUAAGCGGCUGAGAUGGCUGGUGGGGAACGUCGCACACGUCAACGCGCCCAGCCUCAUCCGAAAACCCUCGUCCUGAGCGACUGGCUUAGAUCUCUUCUUCCGCUUUCACUCCAGACCCCAAAGCUAGGACAGCAACGUUUCAUCCAGUGCUGGCUGCAGGUUUUGGGGAGGCCCUAGCGCAAGACGC